AGGAAAUGUAGUGCGCCGAGCCGCUCCGCACGUGAUGCCGUGCGGAGGACCCGGGGCCGCGCCGCCCGGGAGUCCGAGCGUGAGCCGCUGUUUCUCCGGAUGUGAGCAGCCCCAGCCGGCGGUGGGCUGCGAUGCCCGACCUGAGGUUGUAGGGGGCCCGGAGCCGAAGCGGUUAAACGGGCGGGCCCCCGCCCCCGCCCCCGCGAGUGCAGCCCGCCAGCCAUGGGCGGCCGCGAUCACCUGUUCAAAGUGCUGGUGGUGGGGGACGCCGCGGUGGGCAAGACGUCGCUGGUGCAGCGGUACUCCCAGGACAGCUUCAGCAAACACUACAAGUCCACGGUGGGAGUGGAUUUUGCUCUGAAGGUUCUCCAGUGGUCUGACUCAGAGAUGGUGCGGCUCCAGCUGUGGGAUAUUGCAGGGCAAGAGCGCUUCACCUCCAUGACACGACUGUACUAUCGGGAUGCCUCGGCCUGCGUUAUUAUGUUUGAUGUUACCAACGCCACAACCUUCAGCAAUAGCCAGAGAUGGAAACAGGACUUGGACAGCAAGCUCACACUGCCUAAUGGAGAGCCUGUGCCCUGCCUGCUCUUGGCCAACAAAUGUGACUUGUCCCCUUGGGCGGUAAGCAGAGACCAAGUUGACCGGUUUAGUAAAGAGAAUGGUUUCACAGGUUGGACAGAAACAUCAGUCAAGGAGAACAAAAAUAUUAAUGAGGCCAUGAGAGUCCUCAUUGAAAAGAUGAUGAGCAAUUCCAGAGAAGAUAUGUCUUUGUCCACCCAAGGGGACUAUAUCAAUCUACAGACCAAGCCCUCCUCCAACUGGGCCUGCUGCUAAUAGUAUCUGGCUGGUAUUCCCUCCCACUUUUAGGAGGUCUUUUCAUCUCUUCCCUUCAGUUGCCCACCCAGCAAUCUUACUAAGUACAUGUGAACUGCCUCCUUCCAGCUUUCCAGUAAGGAGGACCCAUCAUUACUAAGGAAGGACCUGGGACGUGUGUGCAGCUCUCACAAGUGGGCUCCUACUUGCUGCCGGCACCUGUGGCUCAGUUAGUACCUUCUUGUAAGAAAGAUCACCUGAUCCCUCAUUUUGUGAUCUGGGAUUUUGUGGGAAGCAUUAGGAAUCAGCACCUGUGUUUUACAGAACAUAAUUCCUACCUAUUUUUGUGUUUUUUCUUUUUUUCCCAUUUGAUGUUUGUGGAUAUCUCCAUCUGAUCUGAGUUCAGAUUGGAGGAAAAUGAGAGCAAAGGGCAUCUGCCAAAUUCAUCAUAGGUUAUUGCUUUCAGAUUCUUUCUGUCUUGGACUCUGAAGUUUAAACCUCUGAUUCGGAGAUGCACAAGGAGUAGGGCUGGAUAUCCCUGGGUUUUGGGUCACAGGAGGUAACCCAGAAACCACUGUCUUUUUGAAGCUUCUGAAGUCAUAAUUGGCUUUCUUUUGUCUCAAGAAUAGUCAAGCUUUUAAACUACCUCUUGUGUGUGAUAAGAGCAUUUCUUUCCCCAAAGAAAAAAUUGUCCUAUUAGGGUUUUCUAGUAUCUCCCUACCGGUGGGGUGGGAGCAGGGUUUGUGAGGUUUCUGGGUUGAUGUCUUGACGCAUAGUGGUGCUGGUGACAUCAGUUGGCUGUGAUGCCCUGAAAUAGGUCUGUUCCGUGCAGCUCUGGGAGUCUGAAUGGAAGAGGGAAAGGUUAACAGAACAAAAUCCUGUGGGGCAACUUGCUCCUGAGCACUUUGGGUACCUAGUACUUAACAGCCAUAGGAACCAAAUUUUAUGUACAGACCUUUGUGUGAAUGGGGAGAGUAAACAGAAAAUCAUUAACUAAUUUAAGUGCUGAACUGGGUAGGGUUUUUAGUAUUAAAUCACUUCUAGACAGCUUCAUUUGUUAAAUUCUCACAGGAUGGUGAUUUUUAACCAACCCGAAGUUAUGAAUAGUGUUUGUGAACUCAGAGACCUAGUGUUCUUUGAAAGAUACUUACUUAAAUAAGUGCCCCAAGUCAGUGGUUCCCAAAUCUGACUUAUGAAAACCACCUGGGAAGUUUGUUAAUUUUUUUUUUAAAUAAAAUGUUUACACUUUAAGAUUUCUGGGUCCCAAACACAAACCUAUGAAUCAAAAUUUCCAGGGGUGUAGCAUGAGAAUGUGUUGUUGUUGUUGUUUUUCAAAGCUACCCAGGUAAAAAAAAAAAAAAAAAAAAAAAAAAAAAGCUACCCAGGUAAUUUGACUAACCUGAUUUGGAAAGCAUUGCUAGAGAAUUUGGUAAUGAUGUAGAGACCCAGGCAUUCCCUGUGUACAUGAUCCCGGGCUUCCUUAUGCUCUGUUUGCUCUUCCGGAGAUUCUGACUUUGGAAACUGCUAUCCUAAGAGAAUGAUCACAGGCCAAAUAUCAGAAAGAGAAUGAGAGCCAGGCCAUCAGUUGUUGGUUGGCUGGUCUUUUUUUAAUAUCAGUUAUUAACAUUUGCACAAUCUUUUAAGACCUUGAACUUCUCUUUUGUAUUACUCUUUUCAAAUAGGUUUUUAUUACAAUGGUUCUGAAGAUAAGAGUGGGAUAGCAAAUUCCCUCUAUGUGAAAAGAAAAUUGAUUUUUAUUUACUGGUUUAAACCUCUUCAAAGUCACAAAUAAAGGCAAAAUAAGUCUCGUA